UCUGUUGACAGAGUCCUUGUGCAGCAAGCUAGCUGAAAUGCCUUUUGUUAAGGAUCUAUUCACUUCUUUUUCUGUUCUGCCCCAAGACUUGGAGGAUCUUUCUGUCUACUGAAUUCCUGUUGUUACGCUUAUGGAAAUUAACUGACUUGAAAAAUAUGGGGUUAUCUUACAAAACAGGAACAGAGAAGAUUCGGAUCAUUUGCAUCAAUCUCCAAGCAUUAAGAAUGGUGCUCUGACCAUGGUCUUGAAGGAAUAAUACAAAGACAUUUUCUGACUUAGCAUGGAAAAUAGAGGCUCUCAAGACAUCCAGCAAUGAAGUGGAGUAUGACCUCUGAUGGAUGAAAUCUACUGGAAUGGAAGCUAAGCUCUCUGAAGAGGAGCAGGUGUCACCUUAUUUUAUAUAUGCCACAUGUCUGGGGACUUCAGAGGAGUCAAAAAAUGCAAAAUAUGAAACAAAGGUAGAAGACUGUGAUUGCCAUCUUGAGUUCCAUAAUGUUCUGCUUGAAUCCGAAUUGAGUUCUUCAUCUAUGUCACAGGUAGUAAGCUACACUGAGACAUCCUUGGAACCUAGCAGAGUUACAGGACAUGUUACUGCUGCUGCUGAGCCUGAAAUAAAGCAUCUUUAUGGAAAAUUACUGUAUUCUUCAGGGCACAAACCUAAGGACAGUCCUACACACCUGCCCUCACAUGAGGCAUUUCCCUCACCGCUCCUUCCAAGAGAAAGCUCAGCUGAGAAAUCAGAGGGGGUUCAAGAGAUCAGAGUAAUAACGCACAAACCAAGUGCGAUCACUUUUUCUGAUUUUGAAUUUUUAUCACAUAGCGCUAACUCUAAACUCCAUAUUUGUGAGGUCACAGACACAGAGGCUUCUUCAUCUGAAGAGGAGGAGGAAGGUGAUCAUGAUGAUGACGUUUUUACAGAGCUGCCACUGUAUGGGGCAUUUUACAAUGGUCUUUAUAAAAAGACUAUUCUCCUUGGGAAACAAGAUAAAUGUGAGCAUACCAGAAGCCAGUAUGUCUGUCAUUUAGAUGUCUGCAAUGAUCACUCUGGAAAGAAAUUGAAUGACCAUGAAAAGGAAGAAAAACAAAUGGACAUGGUGACCCAACCAGAAAAAGGAUCUGAGUGGUCAGACUCUAUGUCAUCUCUCAUGAAGAAACUGGAACAAUUGAAUUUAGAUAUUGAAGAGGCUCUCAGUGCUGGCUCUUCUCCUUCCAGCACUCCUUCUACCAAAAAGCGCAAACAGCCGGACUCAUUUAUCCCCUUACAGUCCCCUGUUAAGGUGGAAACAGGCCUUGUUCACAGAGAUCAUCAGAGAAAGGGAAGCUGUGGGAAUAAGAGGGCAGGCUACCAAGAUUUAGAUGGUUUGCCAAGCUCAGUGUCAACUGGAGCACGACCAAAAACUGAAGUGUUGUCUCAGAAGCUGAGCAAAGAGAAAGCAGAAAUCGAAGCAAAAGAAGCGUGUGACUGGUUACGAGCUGCUGGAUUUCCACAAUAUGCUCAGCUCUAUGAGGAUUCCCAGUUUCCUAUUGACAUUGCAGCUGUAAAGAAAGAUCAUGACUUUCUCGACAAGGACCUUGUAGAGCCCCUUUGCAGACGACUGAACACAUUGAACAAGUGUGCCUCAAUGAAACUCGAUGUGAACUUCCAAAGGAAAAAGAGUGAAGACUCAGAUGAAGAAGACUUCUGUGCCAUCAGUAAUAAAUGGACAUUCCAAAGGACAAGCAGAAGAUGGUCUCGGGUGAACGACAUUGACACUUUGCUUCACCGAUCAGAUAGACAUGAGUCUUCAGGGGACAUUAAAAUGAAAAACACCCCUAGCAGUGAGAGCGUCCUUACUGAUCUGAGUGAGCCUGAGGUCUCGUCUAUUCACAGCGAGAGCAGUGGGGGAAGUGACAGUCGGCAUCAGUCUGGUAUCAACAGCACUAUCAGGGAGAUAUGUGACUGCUCAGGACAGCAUAGUAUAGAAAACACACUUACACAUUACACCACUCCCAUCAGCUGUACCCUCUCCCAGAUUCCAAAGGAGAUCACAGAUUACUCCUGUAACCUUAAGAAUGAGAAACCAACACGAACGAGAGCCAAGACCUUUCUAAAGCGCAUGGAGACGCUAAAGCCUAGAGGUGCACACGGAAAACUAAAGGGUGUCUUAGAGAUAAGCGGACCUAUUCUUCAGCAUGAGCCAAAAUCCUUAAAGGACAUGCACUAUAUGCAGAUAGUGAAUGGAGACCUCCAAAACUUAACCCAAGAUGCAGCCAAAAGAGGACUUUCCUUUUCUGCCAAGUCCAGCAGUGACAGUAGUCAGUCAGAAAACAGCAGCAGUGGCAUGAGCACGCCAUGUUUUAAGGAACGCAAGUGUUAUGAAACAAACAAGCGAGGUGGUAUGUACCUGGAGGACCUGGAUGUUCUUGCUGGAACAGCCCUGAGACAAGUAGACGAAAACCGUAAAAAUGAAUUUCACUCCCAAGAGAACCUGGUUGUGCAUAUUCCCAAGGACCACAAACCUGGAACUUUUCCAAAGGCACUUUCCAUUGAAAGUCUCUCACCUACUGACAACAGUAAUAGUGUAAACUGGAGGACAGGCAGCAUCUCUCUGGGCAAACAGAAGUGCUCUACUCCUAAAGAGCCCAGACUCAUGGCUUGCUGUCCUAAAGAAAGUAGAGUUAGUAUUUAUGACAACGUGCCAGGUUCCCACUUGUACGCCAGCACUGGAGACCUUUUGGACUUGGAAAAAGAUGACCUUUUCCCUCAUUUAGAUGACAUUUUGCAGCAUGUCAAUGGACUUAAAGAGGUUGUAAACCACUGGUCAAAGGAUUUACAGCCAGAGCUGCAAAGCAAUGAUUUAUUGGUUGGGGAAUCUGCAUCGCUGCCAUUCCAGUCGCCCACCCAAAUCACAUUAGACUUUGAAGGGAACUCUGUUUCUGAUGGUUGUACUACACCCAGUGAUAUGGACAGAGAUGGAACAUCUCUCAAUGAAUCAGAAACCACUGGUAUUAGGGACAGGAGAGACUCUGGUGUAGGGGCAUCUCUCACCAGACCAAACAGGCGAUUACGCUGGCAUAGUUUCCAGAUCUCUCAUGGCCCGAGCCACUCCGCAGCAUCGCUACAGCUCAGUAAUCAAUCAGCAGCCCAACUGAAUCUACUGCAAAAAUUUUCCUUACUUCGCCUUACUGCCAUCAUGGAAAAAUACUGCAUGUCAAACAAACAUGGCUGGACAUGGUCUGUACCAAAGUUCAUGAAGAGGAUGAAAGUUCCUGACUACAAGGACAAGAAUGUCUUUGGUGUGCCUUUGAUAGUUCAUGUCCAGAGGACGGGACAACCCCUUCCACAGAGCAUGCAACAAGCACUGCGCUACUUACGCAGCAAUUGUCUAGAUCAGGUGGGUCUGUUUCGAAAAUCAGGAGUGAAGUCCCGAAUCCAGGCCCUGCGUCAGAUGAAUGAGAGCUCCCCUGAGAACGUCAGCUAUGAAGACCAAUCAGCCUAUGAUGUGGCAGAUAUGGUAAAGCAGUUUUUCAGGGACUUGCCAGAACCUCUUCUCACCAGUAAGCUAGGAGAAACCUUUCUCCAUAUCUAUCAAUAUGUUCCCAAAGAGCAGAGACUUCUGGCUGUGCAGGCAGCCAUCAUGUUGAUGUCAGACGAAAACAGGGAGGUUUUGCAGACUCUGUUGUGUUUCCUGAGUGACGUUUGCUCUGUAGAAGAGAAUCAAAUGACUCCGAUGAAUGUUGCUGUGUGUCUGGCCCCUUCCCUUUUCCACCUUAAUAUAUUAAAGAAGGAAAGCUCACCAAGAGUAAUACAGAAAAAAUAUGCAACAGGAAAGCCAGAUCAGAAGGACCUCAGUGAAAACCUGGCAGCUACUCAGGGACUUGCACACAUGAUAAUAGAAUGCAACAAACUUUUUGAGGUCCCCCAUGAGAUGGCAACCCAAUCUCGGAAUUCCUAUGUGGAGGCUGAAGUGCAUUGUCCAACAGUGGAGGAACUAGGAAAGCAAAUGGAUGAAGAAGGAGGAAAUUACCAAAUGUACCUUGAAAGUCUGAUGCAGAACCUUCAGAAAGAAGCAAAAGAGAAAUUCAAAGGAUGGGUCACCUGUUCUAGCAUAGAGAACACAGAACUCGCCUACAAAAAGGUUGGGGAUGGCAACCCACUCAGGCUUUGGAAAGCUUCAGUGGAAGUUGAAGCGCCUCCAUCAGUUGUACUGAAUCGAGUUGUAAGAGAACGUCACCUUUGGGAUGAGGACUUCUUGCAAUGGAAGGUCGUAGAAACUCUGGAUAAGCAAACAGAAAUCUACCAGUAUGUAUUGAACAGCAUGGCACCCCAUCCUGGCAGAGACUUUGUAGUUCUAAGGACAUGGAGGACAGAUUUGCCAAAGGGAGUGUGCACACUAGUGGCCGUUUCUGUGGAACAUGAAGAAGCUCCUCUGAUAGGAGGUGUACGAGCAAUUGUGAUGGAUUCUCAGUAUUUAAUAGAGCCUUGUGGCUCAGGAAAAUCCAGACUGACGCAUGUCUGUAGAAUUGAUCUGAAAGGCCAUUCCCCAGAGUGGUACAACAAGGGCUUUGGACAUUUGUGUGCAUCAGAAGUUGCCAGGAUCAGAAACUCAUUUCAGCCUCUCAUUGCUGAGGGACCAGAAACCAAAAUCUGAGGAAAUAUUCCAGGAAUGUGUGAACCUAAAGCAGAGUAUGGUAGACAGCAGAAAGACCCAAAGCAAAGGUUUGAGUAAGGUUUUAGCAUUAUCUGUAACAGAAGUCUGACCUGAUGUCUGUACAGUGCCAAAACAGGGAUUUCACAGGAAGGCCUGCUCAUUCCAGAGACUUCACCCACCUCUUGCCCCAUCCCUUGUAUGUUAAUUUCAAUUACUGAAGUAAACCUUUUUUUUAAAAAGCUUUUAUCAUUGUUACUUUAAAAUGAGACUAUUACCAUUACUUGUGUGUUGCAAAAUUCUGAUAUUUAAAAGCUUCUAAGAAGCAUAUUUUAAUUGUAAAUAAACCAUGUACAAUAUGUAUAUACUUAUCUAUGUAUAUUAUAUAUAUAUAUCUAUAUAUGUAUAUGUAAAGUAAUUAUUUUGUAUAUAAUUUAGUGCUUUCUAGAAGAAAUCAUCUGCAUCAAUUUUGACCUUAUAUGGACCUGUUCUUGUUGCUUGUUUCUCAGUGUUUCACAGCUACAUAAGCUGUGUUUGUUAUUAUCGCAAGGCUACGUGACAUAAUCUGUGUGAUAUCUAACAGAAAAAUGGAUGAUUGGCUGUUCUCGUUUUUGUUGUGUGUGGGGGUGUGUAAACUACAAGAAGGUACAUAGAAAUAGAUGUAGGGAGUUUAGAGGGGAUAACUGUGUGUUUAAAAAUAAUGAACGGCGGUUCACUAUCACCAAAAAACGCUAACAUGGACAUUGUAACUGGUAUGCACAUUUUGAAGACCAUUUACAAUAAGCUGUAGGAAGUUUGUGACUAUUCCAUGAUAGCUCUUGAAAACUUGUCUGUUGCCUUAAACAACUAAGUAAGUAUUUGAAGUUAGAGGACCUCACCAUUUGUAGUAGUAAAGCUACUUCCUAUAUUAAGUCUAGGGCAGUUCAAAGGAAUGCUGCAGAUACUGAGGGUAACCUUAACUGUUCAUCUGGAGUCAAACUGGCAAGUUAUUAAGGGCCACCACUCUGAAACCUCUCUUUUAGAUUUCUGGCUAAGUGUGUACUUAGGGAGCUGUUCUUUCCUUCUUCUGUCAAGAUAUUUAAUUGUUAACCAAAGUCCAAAGCAGAGUUUCCACCAGAGAUGGACCCAGAUGUGCAGCUAACUAUCACACCUUUACAUAUAUUUUCACUAUAAAAAGUAACUAAUUCUUGGGAAAAUAGCUUUUUUGGAAAGUGCGAACAUUUUCAUUUUAUGCACUGCACUGAUCUUAGCUAUGGCACCCAUUCUGCUUCUGUUGACAACAAUGGGAGCAGGAGAAAAUCUACUGGACCAUUUCAUUUUCAGGGACUAAGAGGAAGAAUGCUUUAAAAAUGUUUGUUAGCUAUGAUACAGGGUUUUUGUUUGUUGUUUUUUUUUAAACUAACAUAAGAUCAAAAAUGUAAUUAUAUACAUGAAUCCGUUUAAAAAAAAGCACAGGUCUAUUAAUACAGCACUCCUUCAUUACUCAGAUAUUUGUUCACCUUGACUUUAUUUAUUGCUGCAUUAACCAGUUUGGUCAUUCAUAACCAGUGUUUUAGUUCACUUCUUUAAAUGAAUUCUACCUACAUUUAUUGUGAGUUUUAAUCUAUGAGAUUUAUCAUCCUACUAGUAGCUACUGAGAUUUAUAUCAUGAUUCAGUGGUGCUGGAGUAAUGGCUUCACACAGUGACUCUGCCAGUACUUUGAAUCUGCUUAGAUUACAUCUGUUGUGUUGUGUUUGUUGUCAGCAAUGUGCAAUUAUAUUAUUAAGAAGUAUUAGAGAGAUAUGAGUACCGAGAUACCUUCAUAUGCCUCCAAAUAUCAUAAGACAGCUGUAUGCCACAGUAACCAAUCCUGCCAUUCUGACUUGUCAUUUUCCAGCGAUGGUGGUUCAAGAACAUAUGAUUUUCCAUCCCGGAUUAGAUCACUGGUGAAUCAAGAUCAGUGUCCUGCUGUCAGCUGUUAUCACUACUGUAAGAUUCAAGAAGGCAUGCCCCCUCAUAAGGCACAUAGCCACCUGAGCAGUAUUUUACAUGGAGAGGGACAUUUUUGCUGUCUCUGAACCCCCGGCACAGCCUAUUCCCUGAAGCAUGAGAGUUCAAUGCCCUUAUCGUACAUGAGCUUACAGAAGUGAAUACAAGACUGCCUGUGUAUUAAUCAACACAGAAUUAUCCAGACACUGGAAACAAAUAAUUUCUGGAAGAGAAAUGUAGCAAACCAGGACAGGUUGUCUUAUCCUGGGAUAAUCAGUUGGAGGAGUUGCAAAAAGCCCCCUAUUAUAAUUACAAAAAUGGUAGAGGACCCCUCCUGGUUAGGGGGGAGCAGAAGCUUUGCAGCUGUACUUGCAGCAUCUCUUAGCCAUAUAUUGAUUAAAUACAUUUUCUUUUAAAAUGUGCCUUAAGGCACAUGUCUACCAGUCAGACACUACAGUAUGUUGUAUUAAGUGUUAUGCUGCCAUUUGGAAUACAAUAUGACAUCCACAUUUUGAAAUAUUAUACUCAUAUUAAUACCUCAUAUUUUUACCUCAUUUUUUGGUAUCAGUCGUAGAUAAGUAAUUGCAGAGGUGAAUAAAUUUGCAUACAUUAAAGCUUCAGAGUUCCUUUA